ACAUCCGGAAACGUUUUCCGGACUCGAAAGAUCGAAGAUGCAAAGAGUAACAAGAUGCGUGGAGUGCAUCGACUGACUUUGGCGGUGGCUACCGCCGCCGCCACAGACGUCUGGAAUGCCAACCCGCAAGAUUUCACUGCACAGAAACACUCCGCUGACGCCAUGACGGAUUUUGACUUUUACGUGUUUGCGCACUCGUGGCAACCGUCCUUUUGCGCGGGCGAAGACUACCCAGGUUGCUCUGUCCCCGACUCAUACUGGGCGUCGCACUUUACGAUUCAUGGUCUGUGGCCCGAGCUCGCCAACGGACCUCAUCCAGGGUUUUGCACGAAGGAACCGCUCGACAUCAACUCUGUGCGGACAGCUAUUGGUGAAGGCGUCCUCGAGCAAUACUGGCCAAACGUCAAGGUGGCUGCCAACACGACGCAUUAUGACUCGUUUUGGGCUCACGAAUGGUCUCGCCACGGCACGUGCAGGGGCCUCGACCAAGUCGCAUUUUUCCAGUCUGCCAUCGACAAAAUCAAAUCCCAGGGAACCCCCGACUUCAUCACGCAGCAUGUGGGGCAAACCGUGUCGACCAAGGACGUGCGCGAUGCGUUCGGCGGCGUAAACCACGCUGUCCUCCAGUGUGAAAACGGCAACGAAUUGUCCCAAGUCUUUACCUGCUAUGACAAGGACGUCAAUAGCAACGUGCCGACGACCCUCCGCGCAUGUGCGCCGCACGUGCUGGCGGAAGACACUUGUACCUCCAAGUCCACUGUCUUCAUUCGCAGCUUUGGUUAGCCAAGCCAACAUGCCAUGAAUGGAAUGCAUACGCCUCGUAUCGGGAA